AUGGUUUUUUUAUAUAGCUACUACGAUUCUGAUGAAUCGAGUUUUUGGUGUUUUUGGUGUGUGUUUCAGUUUUGUAUAACGUGGGAGGUUCCAUCGACAAAGCUCUCUGACGAAGGUGGUGUUGACGAGCAAAGAGCGAGGUUUGGGGAGGUACUCGAUGAACUCAUAUCUCGGUUUGUGUCGGUUUAUUGGAAACAGGUAACCGCUGGUGUUUCCUUCUCCCGAAGAUGCACGAAUGAUAUGUUUUAUUUUAAUAAGACCACACGGGAUUGGCGUAGAAGAGUUGUUGCUCCGUCGUGUUUUACGGAUCGCGUGGGCUUUUGUAAGCAUGUUUUGAGUUGGCUGAAGUAUUCAUUGCGACCGAAUAUUUUGAAAGAGGUAUGUUGUGUGUAGUUUACGUAUUUGUUAGAUCCUAUGUCCUAUUAUUAUAGAUGUCUUCGUGUUUUCUAAAUUAUUUGUUUGUUUUCUAUUGUCUACUUAUUUUUGGGGUUUUUUUUUUUUUU